CAACCCAACCAUCAAGUAGUAUAUAUACACAAUAAUAAAACGCAGUUUCACGCACUUCAUCAUCACGUUAAGUAAUUUUCAUUUCUCACCAUCCAAACACCCCCUUCCUUCACGGGCCAUGUCCACCGAUCUCCACAUCCACCACCAACUACCUAAGCUCCGAAUCUCAUCCGCCGAUCAAAUUCCCGACCACGUCCACGCCAUGUCGUCAACCGUAAUCGCACCACCUGAAAUCAAAAUCAAAAGCGAAAUUCAAAUUCAAAUUGAAAUUGAAAAAGAAGACGAAAACGAAAGCCAAAGCGAAAGCGAAGCUGUUGUCGGUGCUGUCGUCGCCGAUGGAGAAAACGAAGAGAGUUACCGGACUCCGACUUCAAAGGAAAGCAAGAUACCGGAGAUCAUGACGUGUCCACCGGCGCCGAAAAAACCGAAGCCGUUCGUUUCGUGCAAAAGGAAGCUUAUGGAUGAAUUUCAAUUCUUCGAGGUAUCAAAUAAUGAAGACAUGGAUGCGUUUUUCAGAUCCACUUUUCCAAAGAGGACUUGUCCUUGUACAUGAAAAUUUCAACCUCUCUCAAAUUUCUUCGAUUCACUACCUUAGUGCUCGUUGAUUAAAAUUAAACUACGUAAAUUAAUUAAUUACACGAUUUUUGUUUUACUUUUAUCCAAUUCCCUCUUCUUUCAUCUCAAUUUCUUUCUUCUUUUUUUGUUUUUUCAUAUGUUAAUUAUUAUAAGAUAUGUGAAAUAUUGGAUCUGAAUCGUAUAUGUGAAUUAAUGGAAUCGAUAUCAACAUAGUGUCGAAUUCUCUCCAUAUACUCAAUUUUCGUUUAUUUAUUUAAUUAUUAAUUAUUAA